AGUCAAUUAGAUAUCUGAAUUUUAACAAACUUCGUGUCCAAUCGUGCAUUUAAAUUAUAGUAAAAUAAAAAAAGUAAUUUUGACUUAGUGAUUUUACGUAUUUAGAACUCAUUAGGAAGAAAACAGAUUCAAGUUUGGCUUACUUGACAUUCUCUGAUAGAUAGAGCUCACGUCUUUUCCAUGAGGUGUGCUGUGGUGCAAAUCUCGUUUUUAGGGCAUUGAGUGUAAUACUUGGUCUCAUUAUCUGAAUUUAUCGCAUAUUUAUUGUUUAAACAAGUUUUAACGAGUCAACAUGCCGAAGAAUAAGGGAAAGGGAGGUAAAAACAGGAGAAGGGGUAAAAAUGAAAAUGAAACAGAAAAAAGAGAAUUGGUUUUCAAAGAAGAUGGACAAGAAUAUGCACAAGUCACAAAAAUGCUUGGUAAUGGAAGGUUAGAAGCAAUGUGUUUUGAUGGUGUCAAGAGAUUGUGUCAUAUUCGAGGAAAAUUGCGAAAAAAAGUAUGGAUCAAUCAAGGUGACAUAAUACUGAUUGGCUUGCGAGAUUAUCAAGAUGCAAAAGCUGAUGUUAUAUUAAAAUAUACAUCAGAUGAAGCUCGUAAUUUGAAAACAUAUGGAGAAUUCCCAGAAACUGUACGUAUCAAUGAUACUGUCACCUUCGUUGAAGACGGAUUCGAUGAAGACAUUGAAUUCGGCGAUGAAAUUAGCGAUGAUGACGAAGAUGAUGUUGACAAUAUCUGAUGACCUUUGAUAUAUUAAUUUGUAAAAGGUAUGAGAUAAAAGUGCAUGAAAACACCUAUUUGUUUUACAAAAUGCUAUCAUUCGUCGCGCAAUUAAGAUAUUGAAAUUUGUUGAAUAAGUAGUCAAUUUUCUGUAUCUAUAAAUAAAUUUCCAGAUAUGUGGGUA